AAAUCUCACGAAACGAAACAAUAAGGAAUCUCCUGCAAAGAGGAUUAGACUUAUACAUAUAGAAACAUAAAACACACAAAACACACCAUGUCGUAUUCAACAUUCAAAAGAUCACUGGAGAUUGAGGUAAUCUCAGCGGAAGGACUCAAGGUAGAUCGAAAACCAUUGAAGAAGAAAACAUACAGCGUUGUGAGAAUCGAUGAGAAAUCUUGGGCUUCCAAAGUGGAUGAACUAGGAGGGAGUUAUCCAAUUUGGAAAGAUAGAUUUGAUAUGGAGAUGCCAAUAAACGCAAGUGUAAGGUUUAUAUCCAUUGAGGUUUACUAUCGCACAAGUGGUAGUGGGAGGGACAAAAACGUAGGUUACGCCAAGAUUCCGGUGACGGAUUUCAUGGGAGGUUUUGCUCCACAAGGGCAUUUGAAUUUCUUGAGUUACAGGUUGAGAGAUGAGUAUGGUGACAAAUGCGGAAUCGUCAAUGUGUCUAUCAUGGUGAAACCUGACGGUAAUGAUCAUAAAUCAUCGUUGCCGUCGUCGUCGUUUGCGGUGGCUCCGGUGGAUUAUGCUGCGUGUUCUUGGCAAGCUACGGCGGCGGCGAGGAAUAAUCAAAUGUGGAGACCGAGGACAUCUUCAUCAAUGGUUUCGACUGCUGGUUAUGGUGGUGGUCGUGUAGUCACCGGCGUUCCUGUUUGGUGUGCGUAUCAACGGCCGUCUUAAUUUUUAUUUAUUUUCUCGUAUAUAUGCAUGCACAGAUUUAUCUUUGAUGUUUUUUGUCAUAUUUUAUUCCAUAAAUAAACGUUUGAUUUAUCAUUGAUUAAUCUAACAAUUUUAAAUGAAUAAAAUAAAUAAAAUCCAUCUUUAACUUACAAGUCUUCUGAGAAUUAACGCUUCAACAAUC